AUGACAAGCACCAGCACCAUCAUCAUCAACAUCACCAACAGCACCAGAACAACAACCAGUACAACAAUCAGCCCCACUACCACAAGAACCAAUACCAGCACAACCACCAGCACCACCACCAGAACCACCAACAGCACCACCACCUACACCACCACCAGCACAACCACCACCACCAUCAUCCACACCAGCAACACCACCAGUCCAAACACCAUCAGCACCACCAAAACCACCACCACCAACACCACCAACAGCGAAAAACCGACGCCAGCACCACCACCAGCACAACAACCAGCACUACCACCACAAGCACCAUCAGCACCAACACCAGAUAAACCACCAGCAACACCAUCAGCACCACAACCAGCACCACCAGCACCACCACCAACACCACCACCAACAUCACCACCACAAAAACCAUCGACACCACCUCCGCCAUCACCAUCACCACCACCAAAACCACCUGCACCACCACCAACGCCACCAUUACCACCAGCUACACCAUCGUCAGCACCACAAGCACCAUCAUCGGCAUCACCAGCAGCACCAUCAGAACCACCACUUAAGGCAGCAGCUCAAUAA